AAACCCAUCUCUCUUACCGUAUCUAUAUCUAUAUAUAUUCACCACUCACACUGCAAUUAUAGACAUGCCAGCAUCCAUGGAUAAAGGUUGUGGAUAUGAACCCCUUCCCCAAGCCCAUCAUCUGGCUUCAACUUUUAUGAUGCUUCAAAGGAACAAAUCUUCAUACCAAUCUGGUGAAAGGAGAGGCCGAAGGAAAGCGGCUGAGCCCGGGAGGUUUCUCGGCGUCAGAAGGCGGCCAUGGGGUCGAUACGCGGCUGAGAUAAGAGACCCCACCACCAAAGAAAGGCAUUGGCUUGGCACUUUCGAUACGGCUCACGAAGCUGCUCUGGCUUAUGAUCGAGCUGCAAUUUCCAUGAAAGGAACUCAAGCAAGGACAAACUUUGUGUACUUUGAUCACAACAACAACACUGCUUUUCAUUCAAUUAUGUCCCCUUCUGAUGUCCAAUCUGCAGUUUUACCAACUCCGUAUCACUUCCUUGAUCUUACCACUCCUCAAUCUCGACCUAAACAAGCAUCAAAUCAUAGCUUUGCGCCUCAGCCUGAUAUUUCCCACAGUGAAACUAAAACCCUCACUCAACCUAACAACACCAAUGGCCCAAUACCAUUGUCAUCUGCUGAUAAUGGUUUCUUUUUCACUAACAAUGAUGAUAACUCAGGUAACUUGGCCUGCAUUGUUCCCUAUAACUGCUUGAAACCUCCUUCAAACAAGUCAAUUGACAACCAAUCUCAAGCAUUGCCCAAGUCCAAUGACAUCAUUGGGUUUCCUGGUUUUAAUGAACUGGAUCAACAAGGUAAUUUUAUGAGUGAUCAGCAACCAUGGGAAAUCAAUUCCUUUGAACUCGAAGCUAUAUUCAAUCACCCUCCAUUGAUAAUUGGAGAUGAAUGCACGGGAACUUUUUAUCCAAGCAGCUACGACAUGAUUCCACAACCUAUUUCUUCAGUAGAUACUUGCUGUUUUCCAUUGCCAAGUUUUGGUGAUGUUGUGGACUUGGGGUAUUCACUUUAGUUCUUUUUAAAGUGCUGCAUGCGUACUCCAUGGAACUGUCAGCAAGGAAAAUGG